AUGCAUCUGCUGUCACGGUUCGGCUCCAAGGUGUCGACCGCUUUAUUGCUACUGGCCACACACGCGGUUUCACAGACAGUACCUUCACCUAAUCUCGACAUCAAGUCCCUCGGGCAGGUCACCCUCGCAGGCGACUUCGACGCAAUUUCUGUUUACACGUCAAUUGGGCAACGAGAAGGAUUGAGUGGCAAUGGCACACAGUCAAUAUUGUCCCGGUUACCAAACGGAGCGUUCGACAUUCUGUCCUCUACCGAUGCAAGCAUCGAAGCCCUCUGUCCGUUGGUGGUUAAUAACACACUCAUGGGGAUCGUGGUCGGAGGCAAUUUCACCAGUGUUGGAGGAGUCGCAGCGCGAUCUCUAGCAUGGAUGAAUGCAACAUCUCUGGAAAUCCAGGCAAUUGGUGGGGUGCAAGGAACAGUAUCGGCUCUCUAUUGUGAUCAGGACAAUGGAAUUCUCUACGUUGGUGGUGCCUUUGACGCGGGCAAUUCAACAAAUGCAAUUGGAUGGGCAGCGGGCGGCUGGUCGAGUCUACCCUUCGCCGGUUUCGAUGGCCCAGUCAGCUCCAUCACCAAAGCCCCCGACGGCCACAUCAUCUUUGGGGGUUCUUUUACUGGUCUGGGCAAUAUAUCGUCGAGUUCCCUGAACAAUCCCGAGAUCCAGGUGAUCAACCUCUCGACCGCCAAUCUCACUUCCCGGGGCAACACGAGUACCGCGGGCUUAGGAGAUCCAAAGAACAUUGUUUGUCCAUCGAAUGGCACCGAUGCUUCGUCCAACUUUUUACUGGCCGACAACACUGCUGGUAGUUGGCGAGCCGAUCUGGCUUUCGGUUUCGAGCCUACUAAGCUCCGACUGUGGCAGACAAGUCAAAGUGGAAAAGGUACAAAGACAUGGCGCUUUACGGCGCACCCGCUCAAUGGCAUCCUCAACUUCACCACUACCGACCCUACCACUGGAGAUCUGAUUUCGUGCUCGGCAGCAUGCCCACUCGCAGAGUACAACGCGUCACAGCCGUAUCAAGACUUUUUCUUCGUUAAUCUGGUGGGGAUGAACAGCUUCACCAUUGACAUUUCGGCCUGGUACGGCAGUGGAGGUGGCCUCGGGGGGAUUGAACUGUUUCAGAACGACAUCUUCUCUUACGCCAUUGAGGCCUUUAACGAGCCCACCUGCGAAACCACCAGUAUCCGAUCCGACGCCACUGCUACUGGGCCUUGGUAUACGACUCCGUCGAGAGAAAGUGUGUCGGACUAUCUCACUGUCGUGGUGGGUCCCACAACCGUUGACAGCACACUGAUAGUUUUCGAACCCAAUGUGCCGCAGAGCGGAAACUACUCCAUCAUUGUCUAUACCCCUGGCUGUCUGCAGGAUAGCUCGUGCUCAGCACGCGCCAUUGUUAACGUCACUGGCAGCCUGACGCAGGACGGAAAACAAUCUUUCGGCACCACGAUCUUUCAAACCAACGAUUUUGACAAGUACGACAUCGUGUAUCAAGGACAUGUGGAUGCCAGCACCUCAUCUUUUCGGCCUGCGGUGACUCUCAGGCCAUCCGGACAGCAGGAUGCACAAUUGGUUGUCGCGUCUCGAGUCAAGUUCGGCUUCACGUCGACAACCGGAGGUCUCAAUGGUUUGUUCGACUAUGAUCCUGACAACCAAACCGUUAACUAUGCCACCGCCGACUUCUCCAAGUCUGCCAUCAACAACGCCGGCACCACGCUAAAACCCAACGCAAAUGUUCUGGCACUGGCAACGCGCGAUGACACCAUUUACGCGGCGGGUCGAUUCUCCGACGACGUCUUCGAGAAUAUCAUGGCUUUCCGCAAUAACAAUGCGUCCUCUUUGCCUGAUGGAGGCCUCAAUGACGCGGUGAACGACCUUUACAGCUUGGACGACUUUUUAUACGUGGGAGGCAAUUUCACCAACACUGCCCAGGCCAAUGUGGAUGGAUUAAGCAACGUUGCUGCCUAUCAGUAUUCCAAAAACGCUUGGGUGCCACUGGGUGCUGGACUGGACGGGCCGGUGGAAGCGGUUGAACCGAUGCAGCUUAACAUCUCCCAGAGCGGGGGCCCAGAAACUGUGAUCGCUUUCAGCGGCGCUUUCACGCGGAUCCUCGCGUCUGGCUCCACAGCCGUGUCUCGGGUGGACGGAUUGGCAAUCUGGGUUCCAUCACAGAAGGGCUGGCUGGCGAACCUCGACGUACCGAAGGAAGCCUUAGUUGGUCGACUGUACGCCGCGACAUUUCUACCGAACAACACUUGGCUCGGGGCUGGGACAAUAAACUCACUCGGACUAGCUAUUAGUGGUGCUGCUGGCCUUCAGUCUGAGUCUGGUGGUCAAGUCGCGCUUUCGCGACUACCCAUCAACAUCACCCCCAGUGACGUUCAGUCUGCUACCAGAAAACGAGCUGUCCAAGCCACGCAGAAUGUGACUGGUGUCAACACAGGGCUCUAUUACACCGCUCAUGGACAGAAUGUGACCGUCCUGGGAGGACACUUUACAGCAACUGCGAGCGGUGGAUCCACCAUCGAGAAUCUCAUGUUCAUGAACGGGUCCAACAACGACCAAGUGACGGGUCCCCCGACCGGUCUCGAUGCCAGUUCCACCGUGCUGGCUCUGGCCCUUUCAGACAAUAUCCUCUUUGCUGGUGGUACCAUUUCCGGACGUGUUGAGAAUACAGACAUCAAUGGUCUGGUUUUGUACGAUAUGAGCACCGCGGCAUACCGAGCAAUCCAACCAGCAUCAUUACAAGGGAACAACGUGACGGUUAACGCGAUAGCUCCACAGUCAGGUUCAACAGCCGUGUAUGUUGGUGGAUCGUUUGACCGGACAUCUCAAGAGCUAUCUUGUCCCGUGGUUUGCAUGUACGACACGGCGACGAGUCAAUGGAAUACGGUUGGGACUGAAUUGGGAGGCACCGUUUCGUCUCUUUUCUGGAUGACUAAAUCGAAUCUUCUGGCAGCAGGUGAUCUGAGGGUACAAGGCAAUCAGACGUCACUGGCGACCUACAGCACUGACAGUCAGACGUGGUCUGUUUAUCCAGUCGCCGGUAUUCCUGGACCAGUAACGGCAUUCUGCCCUGCCACCACGGAUGCGGAUCACAUGUGGGUUGCAGGUACAGCGACCAACGGCUCGACCUUUUUGGUCGAGAUUGAUGGAGACAACGUGAGACCAGUCGUUGAUGCUUUUGAUGACGGCACUACAAUCCGCGGUCUGCAAAUCAUGCCCUUGACCCGAGACCAUGGGUCGACCGCAUUCCUGGACAACGACUAUGCCUUGCUGGUUACGGGUCAACUGAACAUCAAUGGCUUCGGAACUGCCGCAGCAGCAUUGUUCAAUGGCACGCACAUGGAGCCUUUGAUAUUAGCUUCUACAGCGGACGGAAGUCCUGGCAGCAUAAGUCAGGUCUUCUCGUCGCAGACCAAUGUUCUCCGAUCGAGUGAAGGAGGCCACUCCCUUGGCAUCGUGAUUCUCGUCGCCCUCUGUGCCGCAUUAGGCACCAUCUUUCUGAUAAUUUUAAUCGGCAUCAUCCUCAACUACAUCCAACGAAAGCGGGCUGGGUACAAGAGCGUGCCCAGUGUCCCGUACACGGACAAACAUUCCAACAUCCACCGGGUGCCUCCAGAAGCCCUGCUGGGCAAUCUCGGAACGAAGACUGGAGUACCUGCGGUGUGA